AUGCCUGGGGGCCCCAAGUUCCCUGAGUCUGCGGUGGACACCAGGGGCACCCCAGGACAUAGAGCCCGCAGACUGGCAGGCAGCAGGCUCCUGGUGCCCCAGAGCAGGGCCCCAGGAGAGCGCGCCCACGGCGCCCCCGGCGCCCCAGGCCCCCAGGAAAGCCGGCCUGACUCUGCAUCUCCCGUGCACACGAGCCUGGCGCAGCCGGCAGUCGCGCGGGCCGGGGUGCCGGCCGAGAAGCCCCUCACUCGUUCCGCGGAACUGGACCCGCCUCCCGUCCUCCCGUCCUCCCGUCCUCCCGCGGGUGCUCCGGCAGCCGCCGCCCGGGCCCACCGCCUCCCCGGACCCGGGCCCGCCGCCCCUCCGUCCUCGCGGGCCCACCUCACGGCCCGCCGCCCCUCCGUCCCCGCGGGCCCACCUCACGGCCCGCCGCCCCUCCGUCCCCGCGGGCCCACCUCACGGCCCGCGGCCGCCCUGGUCUCAUCGCCGCCGCAGCUCAGUCGGAUCCGCGCAGCCCUCAGCGCCGCGGGGGCGGGCCCGCGCCGGCUUCGCCAUGGCAACGCGACACUUCCGGCCCGCGCGGCCCUAAGCCGGAAGCCGCGGGACCCCGGCCCGCGGCCCCCCGAGGCAGAGGCGCCCUCCCAGCCCCCCAAGCGGAGGAAGAAGCGGUACCUGCGGCAUGACAAGCCGCCCUACACCUACCUGGCCAUGAUCGCCCUGGUGAUCCAGGCCGCGCCCUCGCGCAGGCUCAAGUUGGCGCAGAUCAUCCGGCAAGUGCAGGCCGCGUUCCCCUUCUUCAGGGGCGACUACGAGGGCUGGAAGGACUCCAUCCGCCACAACCUUUCCUCCAACCCGUGCUUCCGCAAGGUGCCCAAGGACCCUGCGAAGCCCCAGGCCAAAGGCAACUUCUGGGCCGUGGACGUGAGCCUGAUCCCGGCCGACGCGCUGCGCCUGCAGAACACGGCCCUGUGCAGGCGCUGGCAGAGCCGCGGCAUGCGCAGGGCCUUCGCCAAGGACCUGGGCCCCUACGUGCUGCAGGGCAGGCCCUACCGGCCGCCCAGCCCGCCGCCCCCGCCCCGCGAAAGCUUCAGCAUCAAGUCCCUGCUCGGGGACCCCGGGGAGGAGCCCACGGGGCCUGCACCAGGCAGCCCCACGCCGGCAGGGGCCAGGUGCUGGGGCGAGGAGCCAGUACCCACUGCACCGCCCCCCUCCUCCAAGAGGUUUCCGUGGCCGCAGCACCCCCUCCCCAAGCCUAGCAGUGCGGGAGAGAGGGAGACAGCCCAGGGGGCUGUCUUGGGAACCCCUCCCCUCACCCCAGAGCCCAGGGCCUGGCCAGUCCAUUUACUGCAGGGUCCCCCAGAGCCUGGGGCCCUGCCCAGAGGGGCUCCUGCAGCCUCGCUGUGGGGGCAGCUGCCCACCUCCUACCUGCCCAUUUACACGCCCAACGUGGUCAUGCCUGUGACCUCACUGCCAGCCACCUCCUGUCCCCAGUGCCCACCCUCCAGCAGCCCAGCCUACUGGGGUGUGGCCCCCGAGACGCGAGGCCCCUCAGGGAUGUUCUGGGACCUGGAUGCCCUCUUCCAGGGGGUGCCGCCUAACAAGAGCAUCUAUGAUGUCUGGGUCAGCCACCCCCGGGACCCAGCCACCUCUGCUCCAGGCUGGCUGCUGUCCUGGUACAGCCUGUGA